UGUAGUGCCUGCGGGCAAUGCUCCCAGUCAAUAUAUAUACAUCCACACUGGCUGCUGCGCUCCUAUUUGAGCGGGACGCGUUGCCCUCUCAGUGCCGCUGCAGAGGAGUGACAGCCAGCCACACAGGGACGCCGUGCAGGUACGGAUGAACGCUUGUUCUACGCGGCCAAGUAGCUGGUGGCAUGCAGGCAGACAACCAACUCUUCAUACUGAAAAGGUACAAUAAUUGCUCCUUUUGAUCAACCUUACCAAACAAAAAAGGAAAUUAACCCAGAAAAGACACACAACAUAAAAAUAUAUCUUGAGUCGUCAUCAUUUAAAUACAAUCGCGAGAUCUUCAUAAAUAAAGACUCGGCCAUGUCCAAGGGCGACGCGUGUAAAGUGACGUCCGCCAGCAAACACAAGGAGCGAAAGCCCAAGAAGCCGCACUACAUUCCCCGGCCGUGGGGCAAACCCUACAACUACAAAUGCUUCCAGUGCCCCUUCACCUGCAUGGAGAAGUCCCACCUGUACAACCACAUGAAGUACAGCCUGUGCAAGAACUCCCUUUCCCUGCUGAUAGAGUCAGACUGGCCGUAUAAGAAGGGCAACCUGCUGCACCCGGAGCAGCUGCGAGCCUUCCAGCCGGCGAACGGACGUCCGGCCACCGGGAGGGACGGACGCGAACAGCUGGAACAGCGGGCCGAGGACGGCCAGCGACAGCGAGGGUUCGUUGAGGAGGAUGGCGAAGACGGGAGAGUCCGGGGAGCAGAAGAUGAAGAAGAGGGAGGACGGGCGGAGGGGCCGGAGGUCAGCGGGCUGACAGAAGAGACCUCCGGUGACCACGGCAGAGGCGGCGCCGCCGCCGCCGCCGAGUGCGCUUCCGGGAAAAUCAAACAGUCCGAGUCCGAGUUCCUGAUGGCGGACAUGUUCUCGCUGGAAGACCAGCUUCUACGAGCGCGCUCAGUAGAGGUGGAGGCCCAGCUGAAACACUACAAGCUUUCUAAGACGUACCUGACGGCCCCCGCCCUGCUGUCGGAGCAGUGGCGUCUGCUGGCGUCCGGCCACCCCAAGGCCAAAGCGGAAGGUGCUCCGCCCCGGGUGAGCGGCUCCAUCCCUUGUUACCCUCCUCCGCCAAACCUGGUGGACUACCAGGAUCCCACUGGACUCAACCUGUCGGUGCUCGGGGUGGGCUACCCCAUCAGCCCCGGCCUCUUCUCCUACAUGAACUCAGCCAUUCCCGCCGCCGCCGCCGCCGUCAGCGCCCAGACCCACGCACAGCUCGCCCAGCUUCCCUUCCUGGCGUCGGCCGCUCAGCUGAUGCACCCGGCGUCCGGCGCCCACGCCGACAGAGCUCUCAUCCCCCCUCGCCUGUACUACCCCUUCCUGUGCGAGCACGCGUUCGGGCCGGCGUCCGCUCAGGGCGACGCCGGCAAAGCGCUCAAGGCGUCCGCGAGCGGCCCGGAAGCGAAUCCCCUGUCCGGCUUCCAGCCUAAAGUCAAUCUGUGGAAAGUGCCCGCCCUGCGGCCGGGGGCCGCCGCCGCCGCCGCCGUCUCCCCCGCUGGCUGGGCGUCCCCUCAGAGAGACUCCCCCGAGCAGGGCACCAGGGUGGGGGACAAGACGCAGAGUAUAGCGAAGGAGGGCAAAGCAAGCUGGGGCCUUAAGAGGACAGGGGCCCCACUGGGGAGCCGCGAGGCUCCUGUGGAGAAGAAACUUGCCGUGGGAGGCUUCAGUUUGGACCUUCUGAAGAAUAUUCAGCAUGCACCAACUCUUAAUGCGGCAGCGGAUAAACUUCUCUUCCACAGAAGCUUACAGGACGCUCGGCUUCCGCCCCGUCCCUCGGAUCUGUGGCACAACGACCUUCCCGCCAGCCCCAACAGCGAAGCGUCCUCUCCCUCCAACAGCGGGGGAACCAACGGCGCCGCCCGGGCGGCCGGGGAGGGAACUUCGGAGUCAGUGGCCGCCCUCCUCAGCGACCUCUCCAAGGCCUUGCAGGAGUACCAGGAGGCCGAGGGCAAGAUCUCCCACCUGGAGAAAGAAGACCUUCCGGCCCAGCGCCACCUGUGGGAGCACCUGGGCAAAAUCCGCAGUGAGCUCUCCCACAUCCACCAGGCGCUGGAGCGGACGGCCCGCCAGAGCGACGGCCCUCUCGACCUGUCGGUUAAAAGGGACUCGGCGGAUUCGCUGGGCGACCGUGGCAGGAGAGAGGACGGCGGCCCUAAAGGCGACACGACGGAGACGGAGGGCGAGGACGAGGACGAGGAGGAGCGGCAGGAGGAAGAAGAAGAGAGCGAGGGCGACCGGAACGCGUCGAAGGCUUCGCUGGAGAGUCGCAAGCAGUCGUUGGACGUGCUGAUCAAGAUGGGUCAGUCGUCGGUGGCCAACGCGGAGGUCCUCUCUACCUUGUGGCCGAGCAGGACCACCAAGUGCGAGGCCGACUCCAGCGUCCUGCUCGGCGCGGACGGGCGAACGGUGGUUUUCGCCGACGUCCCUUCCUCCGGCAGGACCCCAAAGAGAACGCCGUCCGCGCAGCGGGUCGAGGGCCGGCGUCCUCCGAGCCCUCAGGCGGUUACGGACAAUUAAACUUCUGCUCACCUGACUGUAAACGUGACUGAGUCCAUGCGGUUGUUCAAACACAGCCGUCUCCGUCACUACCGGCACGCUGUCGACUUACACUGCCGGGUUUUAUGCCCAGUUUAACCUCAAACAUUUUGCACCUUAUGAUACAAACGGGAAAUGAAUGAACAAAGAAAAAAAGUCUUACAAAUGCACUACGGACAUCGAUUGUUCCAAGAUUCUCUGGAAAGAAAUACUUUAAAUUGUAACAUCAGCACUUGACAUUUACGUUGAUUAAACAUGUUGAGAGACAAACGUCUUUGGAUUUGUAAAUAUUGUAACUAUAAUAAAUGUAAGUAAAACGUUUUGAAGGGUAAAAUGCUUUAUAUGGAUGAUAUCAUGUUGGACUGCAUCAUUUCACUUGAUGACAAUAAAUUGCAUUAUACACACUGUAUUUCUCUGAA